CCCCCAAUCUACGCCGGUCGUACCACCAAAGAUACUACUCCCCGCUUACUCGAACCUAGGAUGAGAGUACAGACUUUACAAACUCGGUCAUUGGAUGCUGGGUAUCCAUGGGCAACCGAUGUCAAGCCUGAAGCCGGCAAGUGGUCCGCUUACAAUGUUUCUGGGAGGAAACGAGAUAUAGUCAAAUUACCAGUUGUGGUUAAUGGCGUAGAUGGCCAACCCGCACCGCCCAAUGACGAACAAAACAGCAUCGAAGCAGCGAAGAAUAAAAGAAUAGAUGAGAUGCCAAUGCAACAAAACGUCCGCUAUUCGACAAGCGGCUGGAGGCGUAAUUUGUACAACUCGCAUGCAAAGCAAGGAUUCAAAUUCUGGAUGGAGGAGAAAAAACCGUUCUCAAAAUCAUCGAAGUACACAUUUGGAGCAUAUCGAACGUUUCUUGGGCUUGGCAACGCUCCACGGAAUUAACCCGACUGUGUACAAGAUCGGACUACUGCCUAUUUUUUUAUUAGCACACCAGAUAGUCAUUUAAUAGUAAUUUGUUCAUGUAUCCUAGUAACAUAGCCGCUCGUUUCCGCGAAUCACACACGACUCUGAAGUAUGCCAGAUUAGUGACGUACGUUGCUCAUUUGCAUAUAUUUGUGGAAGCGCGGACUGGAGACUGGG